UGUUUAAUAUCAGUCGAAUCGGAGCUAAACAAGGAUUCUCUAAGGAAGAGUGUUGCGCAAGUAAAUAUCCAUAAAAUCUUCAAAACGAAAAAAAGUCCAUUAAUCAGCAUGGGAAGGAAUAACCAAAGAAGAGUUCGCAAAGUUCAUUCAAAUUGGAUUCAAGUUAAUGAGCUUCAGGAAUUAAAUACGAUAAUUAAGCAAGAUGAUGACCUGCUUCAUGAAGAAGACGAGCAAACUCCUGGAACUCACCAAAAUACCAAGUGGGUAAUGAAGAAUGGGCCUCACAACAUGGCCAAGGAGCAGCUUUUAGAGAAUUCGCAAGUGGGAACUUCAGAACCUGAGCCAAUUGCGAUUUCUGAAGUCGAUUCGUGGAAUAGGGAUGAUGAGGGAGUAGAUGAUGCUGGGAAUGUACUCGAAAGAUUGCGGUUAGGUGUGGAGGAGCCACAGUUGUCUGAGGAGCAGCUGAGGAUCAAUGAUCAGCUGCAACAGGAUGAGUUGCUUGCUAUGGAAUCCAUUUACGGAGAGAAUGUCUCCGUUCUUGAAAACCAAGGAGGCCUAAGAUCUUUUCAGAUUCGCGUCCAAAUUGAAGCUCGUAAUGAACUUACUGUUACCGCUAACCUUAAUUCCUUAGGCAAUCUUAAGAUGAAAAGUGAAAGUAACUACUCAUACUCAUUAAAACUUCAGUAUCUUCCACCGAUUGUACUCUCUUGUUUAUUGCCUAAAUCAUACCCGAGUCAUCAGUCACCUUAUUUUACCAUUUCUGUUCAGUGGUUGGAUUCCAUUAGGAUUUCCAAACUCUGCUCCAUGCUGGACGUAAUAUGGGCAGACCAACCUGGUCAGGAAGUUAUAUAUCAAUGGGUCGAAUGGCUGCACACUUCUUCUCUUUCUUGUCUUGGGGCUGAACAAGAGAUCACACUUGGUCCUUAUGGCACAAAACAUUUGGAAGACGUACGAGCAGUUUCAGGAAUUGUCUCCCCUGAAAUGGAUAUUCCUUCAUUGAGAAAUUAUAAUGACGAGCAGUGCCAUGAGACUUUUCGUCAGAACUUGCAUGAAUGCGUCAUCUGUUACAGUGAAUAUGCUGGUUGUGACUUCAUCAGGCUACCUUGCCAGCAUAUUUUUUGCUGCACAUGCAUGAAAAUGUAUUGUGAUAUCCAUAUUACUGAAGGCACUGUGAACAAGCUUCAGUGUCCUAAUGAAAAAUGUGGGUGUAUGGUUCCUCCAGGUUUAUUAAAAUGCUUGCUCGGUGAUGAAGAAUAUGAACGUUGGGAGUCUUUAAUGCUACAAAAAACUCUAGAUUCCAUGUCCGAUGUUGCCAAUUGUCCACGAUGUGAAACACCCUGCAUAGAAGAUGAAGACCAUUACGCACAGUGCUCUCAAUGUCUCUUUAGCUUUUGUACCACAUGCAGAGACAAAUGGCAUGUAGGCAAAAAUUGUUUAACGCUAGAAAUAAGACUCCGUAUCUUAGAGGAGCGCCAGAAUUCGUCUCAGUUAGAGAAUAAGCAGAGGCAAACGGAGCGUGAAAUUAUGAUCAAUAACCUUCUUAGUCUGAAGGAAAUAUUCCGUGAUUCUAAGCAAUGCCCAUCUUGUAAGAUGGCAAUCUCAAGAAUUGAAGGUUGCAACAAGAUGGUAUGUAAGAAUUGUGGGCAGUACUUCUGCUACCGUUGUAACAGAUGCAUAACCGGAUAUGAUCACUUUAAGGAAGGAACAUGUAACUUAUUCCCAGCACAAGAAAUUCAAUUGUGGGAGGACCGGAUGAUUGACCGACGGUUUGAGGGUCAGGUUCAAGCUGUAUUCCUUCCUCAGCAUGCUCACCGGUGCCCCAAUUGUCGUCAACCAAAUUUAAAGGUUAACAACCACAAUUACAUUAUGUGUUAUGCAUGCCACAAGCAUUAUUGUUACCUAUGCAAAAAGAUGGUAACGAGCUUUCGGCAUUUUGGACCCAAGCGUUGCAAGCAGCACACACCUAAUUAGAUGCCAGCCGACUCGAAGGUGAAGAUAAUAUAUUAUAGUAUCUAGUCAUGUCCCCAUCUAUAGCUCAAUGAGACCCAUUUAGAUUCCGAAAAGCAUAUUUACUCGGCGGUGAACACCGGGAGUAGGAUAUGCAUAGGCUUCAGGUUUAUUUAAGUUGUUUGAGGCAACAUUCAUAUAGGUACAUUAGGAGCAUGUAUCAUUUUAUUUUUUUAGUUUCAAUUGAUUCUUUUUGUAACAAAUAUUUGGCAAAAUGAACUAUUGAAUGGCUGAGAAAUUUAUUAUUGGAUA